GUCACAAUUGACACAAAACUUUUCAUCUCCCCGACAUCCAAGGAGAGAGUUUGAGUUGCAAACUCCUUGACUUGUCCUUGACACCCUUCGAACGACGGACACGCCCCUUUCUUUCCCGCUCAAUUCGCGAUCAGUCGCCAAAAGAUUCCACUGAACGGAUCAAAAAUGUUGCUAAAAUUACGAGUUUUUAACGGAAAAAGUUACGACGAGUAUUCCGUGGAGAUUUCAAGAUCGAGUCACGUUCAUCAACUGCUGGAAGAGGCGAGUCGGAUUCUCAACGUCGCAAGCACCAACAUCGACCUCAUCGUCCAAGGUCAAUUUAUGACCAAAGAUAGUCCAUUGCUGAUUUACAAAUUGAAGGAUUUAGAUGUCGUGGGCGUCCGAGUGAAGAAUAAGCAGCCCCUCUCUGCCCUCUCUCCUCUCAACAAGGAAUCGACUACAGAAGCAGUCAAAGAUGACAAGGUCCAAACAAAGCCUGAAGCACUCAAAGCCAGUUGCUCCUAUUUUGAGCCCGGAGACCUUCUGUACUACAAAAACCCACAGACGGGUCAGUGGCAGGAAGGUGAACUGGUGUCCAUUGAAGAAACCGCCAAUGAAAAUGAAUCACCUAAGUCAGGAAUUAGUGGGAAAUUUUCUUACACAAUCCAUGAUGGAUUCAAAAGCGAAGACUUGACAAUGCCUUUGGAUAAUUUGCUUCCCGUUGGAAAUGAAGAGUAUGGUGCUUGUGACCUGAAGCAGGACAUGGUAGUGCUUGCGUACUCCCAUCUCCCAAAUUCAGUCAAAGGAUGGUUUGAAACUGUCAUCACCAAAGUUGAGCCAGGCAGAGGGCAAUUUCCAAGGGUGUAUGGCUUGGUACGAGCUACACCGGACUCGUACCCAAAUCAGAAGAUUGGGUACAUGUUCAGGACUGUGAAGAUGCCCACGCUCCUGCCGAGAUCAGAGUGGACACAAUUAAAUUGCACCUAUUCUCUUGUUGAUCCUUGCAAAGUCUGCCGUGGACACCCAGUCACAAAGUGCAGGAAAUGCAGCUGCGUCAUUUGCGGAGGAAAACACGACGAGGACAAGCAACUGAUCUGCGAGGAGUGUGAAGAUGCAUUUCACAUGAAUUGCAUCUUUCCACCUCUAGAGGAAAUUCCAGAAACAGACUGGUUCUGCAAAAAGUGCAGCAACAAUGACAAAAAGCUGGAGGACAAAGGCCUGAAGGCAAAGAAGAAGAAGACGGAAAAGGCCGAGGAAUCAAUUAGCAAAAUCAAAGAAGGGAAGAAAGACUGGGGCAGGGGACUCGCCACAGCCGCUGUCAUUGACAAGUUCUGCGUUGUCCCGAAGGACCACUUCGGAAAGAUUCCUGGAGUUCCCUCUGGAAGGCUCUGGAUUUCAAGACUUGACAUCUGCAGCUACGGCGUGCAUCGUCCACCAGUUGGUGGAAUUUGUGGAACACCUGCCACUGGAGUGCAGAGCGUCUGCUUCUCGGGUGGCUAUCAAGGUGACUACGACGAGGGAACCAGCUUCGUCAUGUCUGGCAGUGGUGGCCGGGACUUGAGCAACAACAAGAGAAUCAACAAGCAGCAGAGCUUUUCUCAAGAGUUGAAAGGAAACAAUUUGGCUUUGGCACUUUCAUGCCAUGCCGAAUUGAAUGAGGAAAAUGGAGCCAAAUCAUUAGAUUGGCGUCAAGGUCUUCCCAUCCGAGUUGUCCGGGGAUACAAACUGGGCAAAAUCUCCAAGUACGCCCCUGACAAAGGUUACAGAUAUGAUGGGAUUUACAAGGUCGUCAGGUAUUUCAAAGACACGUCUGGCGGCAAUGUCAUGUGGAAGUUUGAACUUCGCAGAGAUGACUCUGAGCCUCCUCCAUGGUCCUCAAGUGGAAUGAAGUUCAUGAAGGAAAUGAAUGUGGGAUUCCUCGAGGGAAGCAAACUGAAGAUUGAUGAGGAGAAGAAUUUCAAAAGGAAGGUGCCAAUGGAGGGAGUGCAGAUCAAGCAAACCUCAGUUAAUCCUUAUGUUCUGAAACCCGAGAUCAAACAGUUGGUGGAAAUGGAUGUUUUGAACAAAAGAAUUUGGGAUCAUCUGUUGCACUCUCUAAACCUGGGAUACCCAGACUUCAUCAAGGCUCUGGCUGAACAGUUUUCUUGCCAGAUUUGCCAGGAGGUGGUGAAGGAUCCAUUUACAAUGAAUUGCGGCCACAAUACCUGCCUGCACUGCAUGAAGAAGUGGCUCAAGGAUGGCAGCAAGGCGUGCUGUCCGAUCUGCCAGACUUUCGUCAACAAAACCAAAGUGGAGGUCAAUGUGACGCUGAACAGAAUCCUCAACUCGCUCCUGGCAGGCUACAACCCUAAGGAACCAGCCCCUCGACCUUACGCUUUGACCAAAAAGUAGGCAACUGUGUCGUUUAUUUUUUUAUCAUUUUUUUUGUACUUUGAUGUGUUAACUUAAUAUCGUUGUGUUAAUUUAUUGGAUGUACUGCGCUUUACGCAGAUUACCAAAUAAUCUGCUGUUUUAAAGCAGCAAACAAAGUAAUAAUUUAAUAUUCUUUUUACGAAAACUGCUCAACAUUUGUGAAUUAUUGCUCUUGGUCUUAUCAAAUAAAGUCUUCAAUUUAUAUUUAAUAACUAAAUUAUUUGAAUAAUAAUAUAAAUGCAUUGCUUGGAGAUAUUUAACAAAAAUACUCACUAAAUGAAAAUAAACAUCUCAGUAGAUCAAUAAUUGGAAAUAAAUAAUAUUCUUUUGUUAAACCUGAUCAUAAAGAAAUACAAUAUGAAUUUAUCCAAUUUAUCAUAUCAUAAAUUAUUUCAAUAUAUUUUUUAAAGUUCAAAUACGCUUAGAAUAUUCAAUGGAAAUUCACUAUGUAUAGUUGAGCAUCAUUGCGCGAUAAUAUUUUUGAUCCGUGUUUGAUUUUUCAACAAUUGCGCGGAAAUUUGCAGCAUUUCCGCAUUUAUUUCUUUUGCCGCUUUGGAUUUACAAGAAAAUUUAAGACACAAAAAGUGUGCUAAAUUGAAUUAUCUACAAGUUUUGUAUGGAAAUAAUUUCUGUAAAACGUUUAACAGAGAAGCUAGACCUGAAAAACCAAUAA